AUGAUGUUGAUCGCGACCGGUGACCAUCAGCGUCGCAUAUCACACCUAUCACAUCGCGUGGUCAUCGUCCCUCUCUUCCACCGUUGUCACCCGCCCCCCUGCCUGCUUAACUCCUCUCCGACACUGACCGAACGCAAGUGGCGCGAACCACUGCAAGCCUUACGGAGAAGAAGUAUGAGUGCGGAUGCUGCUCCGGCCCUACCGCCGCCGCCACCGACGAUCGAUUUCACGCAGCAUGUGCUGGAGGAUGGGACGACGAUAAGCACGCAGGAAAGAGUUAUCAAGGACGUACGUCUAUUCCAAUCUACGACGUUCCGCACAUGUCUGGCACUCACCUCGAUACGUCCCCGUCCACCUCUAUCUCCACCCCCGGUAUCCGGAUCUAACUUUGCCCAGGUCCAAGCCCCCGCGACCCACAUCCCCACACACGACGAGCUCUUCUUGCCCUCACCGGAUAGCCCCGGCGGGCGUAUACCCAACUUGGCCUUCCUCAAGAACCACUUCUACCGCGAGGGCCGCCUGAGGGAAGAGGAUGCGCUGUGGAUAAUCGAGCGUGGCACAGAGAUUCUGAGAGAGGAGCCCAAUAUGCUGGAGUUGAGCGGGACGGUGACAAUAUGUGGGGACAUACACGGGCAAUAUUACGACCUCAUGAAACUCUUCGAGUUCGGUGGCAACCCGGCGGAGACCCCUUACCUUUUCCUGGGCGAUUACGUGGAUCGAGGCUAUUUCAGCGUCGAGUGUGUGCUCUACCUCUGGGCGCUCAAGAUUGUAUAUCCGACAUCCGUUUUCCUGCUUCGUGGAAACCACGAGUGCCGCCAUCUCACGGAUUACUUCACCUUCAAGCUCGAAUGUAAACACAAGUACUCCGAGCGACUAUACGACGCCGCCACACUGUCUUUCUGCUCGCUCCCCCUCGCUGCGCUUCUGAACAAGCAAUUCCUCUGUUUGCAUGGCGGGCUCUCCCCAGAACUGGGUACGCUGGCCGACCUACGCGGCAUUGACCGCUUCCGCGAGCCUCCGACGGCCGGGUUGAUGUGUGAUAUCUUAUGGGCAGACCCGAUCGAGGACUUCGGGAAUGAGAACACCACAGGCCCUGGGGGCGAAGCGCACUUUGUCCACAAUCAUGUCCGCGGGUGUAGUUAUUUCUUCACGUACGCCGCCACUUGCGCCUUUCUGGAGCGCAACGGACUGCUUAGCGUUAUUCGGGCCCACGAGGCGCAGGACAGCGGGUACCGCAUGUAUCGCAAGACUCGCACGACAGGCUUCCCGGCCCUUAUGACGAUUUUCUCGGCACCGAACUACCUCGAUAUGUAUAACAACAAGGCGGCAGUGAUCAAGUACGAGAACAACGUGAUGAAUAUCCGUCAGUUCAACUUCUCGCCGCAUCCGUACUGGUUGCCGAAUUUCAUGGAUGUUUUUACCUGGAGCCUGCCCUUCGUCGGCGAAAAAAUUACCGACAUGCUUGUUGCGGUGCUAAACACAUGCACGAAGGAGGAACUCGAGGACGAUUCCGAGGACCUUCCAACGUCGCCCACGUCACCAGUUUCUCCGAGCAGCCCCGAGGAGCGGAAGACGGUGAUCAAGAGCAAGAUUAUGGCCGUCGGGCGUAUGGCGCGUGUGUUUGCGCUGCUGCGAGAGGAGUCAGAGAAUGUCUCAGAGCUAAAGAACAUCUCGGGGUCCGGGAAACUGCCGUAUGGCGCGCUUGCAUCGGGCUCGGAAGGCAUCAAGCUAGCAAUUAGUGGAUUUGAGGAUGCACGCAAAUCCGACAUUGAGAAUGAGCGCCUCCCACCAGAACUCGUCGACGCCGAGUCAGAAGCUGGAAGGGCGAUGAUGGCUGGUGGCGGAAGCGCCGCAUCUGGCUCGCCGGUGUCCAGCGCCCCAUCGUCGCCGCUCCUGCCUGCAACUCCGGGAGACAGCGCUCCUAUACCCGCCGUCGAGGACAAAGACGCUUCUGUGGUCGUGACGCCCGCAGCAGCAACACCGCAGUCAUCCUCCGCGCCGUCGUCCCCUGCCCCCACCGGCCCGCUUCCAACGCCGUUCCGUCGCGGACACGCUCGACAGGCGAGUCUCGGGACGACCAUGACAAGCCCAAGCACACGAAAGCGCGGGCUGGAGGACACGAUUGGAAUGAUCCAGGGAAUCUGGGAUGCGGCCACGCCGGCUGGGAAAGACAAGGAGGCAGUCGUGGGAAAAAAGGAGGCAACGGACGAGGAAAAAUAG